ACCACACACCACACACUUUUUUCAGGUUCCCCAGCUCAAAGAGAGGGACUCACUCUUCACGCACUUUGUGUAGACGCGAGCGCACUAGCGCGCGCCCACACACCACCCGGCCCCCUGCGACUAGCCCAAUGCUUGUAAUUCUCUGCUGCGUUGCUUAGGGAGGUGAACCGAAACCCUGUGCCUGCGCACUUCAAUCCCAGACCGUCUAGUGUGACGCUCGGCCAGUCUCUGUGGCAGACCCAGGCUCGGAGCUGAGAGGAAUCAUCGGGACUUCCAGGCUCCUUCUGCAAGGCCAGUGAGAGGUCAGCGUGGCAAGAGCCGGGGCACAGGGGGCGGUGUUACGAACCCCCAGAGGAGCUGAGCUGUGGGAGUUGAACUCCCGGGUGCCGAGCCUUUUUCUGGUCAGGACUACAUUUCCCAGUGGCCCCCGCGAGCACUGGGCCCGCUGCGCCUUUGUGUCCUCCGGAGGCCCGGUCGUUUCUUUCCGGGCCCGCGGAGGCUGGGUUCCCUCAGAUUCAGGGCAGGAGGUUGGCCCGAGAGGAGGUUACCCGAGUUUUCCGGACUUGAACCUGGUCUUCCGGCACUUCAGUUCUGCAGGACACUGCCAUUUCCCAAGAGAAGAGUCAAGGGGAGGAAAGAAUGGCUGUUGGACUUCUUAAAGCCAUGUACCAGGAGUUGGUGACCUUCAGAGAUGUGGCUGUAGACUUCUCCCAAGAGGAGUGGGAUUGUCUGAAUUCUUCUCAGAGGCAUCUGUACAGUAAUGUGAUGUUGGAGAACUACAGGAUCUUGGUAUCACUGGGACUUUGCUUUUCUAAACCAAGUGUGAUAUUAUUGUUGGAACAAGGGAAGGAGCCCUGGAUGGUAAAGAGAGAGCUGACAAAAGACUUGUGCUCAGACUGGGAAUCUGUGUGUGAGACUGAAGAGUUAACCCCAAAGCAGGACAUUUAUCAAGUGCGAUCAUCUCAGAAAGUAAUAGAAACACUUACAAGCUGUGGCCUUGAGUACUCCAGAUUGAAAGAAGAAUGGAAAUGUGAGGGCCACUUUGAGAGGCAACCAGUGAAUCAGAAGGCAUGUUUCAAGGAAAAGACAAUCACUCACGAAGAAGCCCCUGUUGAUGAAAGAGGACAAGAAUAUAACAAAACUUGGGGAAGUUUCCAUCCCAGCACACUACUUCAUACACAACAGAUAAUCCCCAAAGAGGAGAAAGUACAUAAACAUAACACACAUAAAAGCUUUAAAAAAAGAUUAAUGGCUAUUAAACCCAAGAGUAUCUAUACAGAGAAGAAACUUUUGAAAUGUAAUGACUGUGGAAAAGUCUUCAGUCAGAGCUCAUCCCUUACUCUUCAUCAAAGAAUUCAUACUGGAGAGAAACCCUAUCAAUGUAUAGAAUGUGGGAAAGCCUUCAGCCAGAGAUCAAAUCUUGUUCAACAUCAGAGGAUUCAUACUGGAGAGAAACCCUAUGAAUGUAAGGAAUGUAGGAAAGCCUUCAGUCAGAAUGCACACCUAGUUCAACAUCUGAGAGUUCAUACUGGAGAAAAACCUUAUGAAUGCAAAGUGUGUAGGAAAGCCUUCAGCCAGUUUGCUUACCUUGCUCAACAUCAGAGAGUUCAUACUGGAGAGAAACCCUAUGAAUGUAUUGAAUGUGGGAAAGCAUUUAGCAAUAGAUCAUCUAUUGCCCAACACCAGAGAGUUCAUACUGGUGAGAAACCUUAUGAAUGUAAUGUCUGUGGGAAAGCGUUUAGCCUUCGUGCAUACCUUACUGUACAUCAGAGAAUACAUACUGGAGAGAGACCCUAUGAAUGUAAGGAAUGUGGGAAGGCUUUCAGCCAGAAUUCACACCUUGCUCAACAUCAGAGAAUUCAUACUGGAGAAAAACCUUAUAAAUGUCAGCAAUGUAGGAAAGCAUUCAGCCAGAUUGCCUACCUUGCUCAACAUCAGAGAGUUCAUACUGGAGAGAAACCCUAUGAAUGUAUUAAAUGUGGGAAGGCUUUUAGCAAUGAUUCAUCCCUUACUCAACAUCAGAGAGUUCAUACUGGAGAGAAGCCUUACGAAUGUAAUGUUUGUGGAAAGGCUUUUAGUUACUGUGGGUCCCUUGCCCAACAUCAGAGAAUCCAUACUGGAGAGAGACCCUAUGAAUGUAAGGAAUGCAAGAAAACCUUCAGACAGCAUGCACACCUUGCUCAUCAUCAGAGAAUCCAUUUUGGGGAGUCACUGUCACCACCCAAUCCAGUCAAUCACCAAGUCCUGUAGACUAUCUCAAAAAUACUUCUGGAAUUUAUACUCUUUUCUCCAUCUCUAAUGUUGUCAUCCUUGUCUAAGAUUCAUCUCACCUGGAUCACUCUAUAGCUUUCUAACAGGUCUUCCUGUAUCAACAUUUGGUCCCCUUAAAUUCAUUUUCCACCAUGCACCCAAACUGAUCUUUUUCAAGUGUAAGAAUACACACAUCACUGCCUCCAGUUAAAAGUUUUUUUGGCUUGCUGUUGUUCUUAAGCUAGCAUCCACAGUCUUUAAAACUGUCUAUGAGGAGCUUCAUUAUCUGGUUCUUAGAUACCUUUCAGCCUUAUUUUAUUCCAGUCUCUCUGGGCACUAGGCACUUCCCAGGUCUAAGAGCUUAGAUUCUGGAAAAUCAUAGCUCUACCACUACUGUAGCAUUGUGUGAUUUUGAGUAACUUGCUUGACUUAUGUAAACCUCAGGGUUUUCUUUAAUUCUUAAAAUAGGGAUAAUAAAGGAUACUGUAUUGUAGAAACGUGAGUAUUAAAUGAAAUAGUGUCUAUUGUAGAUUGGUGCAUAUUAAGUAAAAAAUUUGCAUGCAGAGUACUUAACAUAGUGCAUCAAAUAUAGCAGAUAUUCAAUUUAAUAAUAAUAGCUAACAUGCAUUGAGUGCCUACUUUGCACCAGGCACUGUUCUACAUACUCAACAUAUAUUAACUCAUUUAAUCCUUACAGCUAAAACAAGAUUCCUUAGUGGAUAAAGCAGAACAUCAUGGGAAGCAGCAGGUCAGAACUGGGGAAACCUAAAAACUUUAGAAUAUAUGUGGGAGUGUUUGUACGCUAGGUGAGUAAUUGAUAUAGACAAAAGUAGUAGAACUAUAACACAACCAGUUUUAGGAGAUUUCUAAAGAAACAAUUGGAUAUACUAAUUAAAUAAAAUGAAGAUUCACUGAGAAAAAUGCAGAACUUAUAUUUAGAUCAAGAAAAGAACAGAGAGUAUUGCAAUUAACUCCAAAAACCCAAUAAACAGAAAUUUAUACUGUAGCAUAAAAAGACAUCAAUCCCAGGUAAUUGAAUGGGUGAAUCUAGGUGAUUUCAAAAGCAUUUAAACUGUUUCAUCCCAUAGAAAAAGUAUAUAAAUUUUUAUCAAGUGAUUAUAAAAUUGAAACCAAAAGGGGACUGAGGAAAGAAAACUACAGUCAAAUGUAGUUUGACUACAUUUAUAUAUAUACACACAUGCAUAUAUAUACUUUCAUUCAGUGAAUUUUGAGAACUGUUUGUCACACACUGAUUCAGACAUGAGGAGAUAACAUGAUCAAUACAAAGACAAUGUCCUCAUGGAGUUAAAACAAUAGAUUUUCUAGGCCCAGAAAACUGAAGAACAAUAAAAUAAAUUGAAGGGUAUUAUAUAGCCUAGGCUGAAGAGACUCAAAAUAACAAAGUUAUCAGUUACUCCUAAUUUACAACUUCACUGCAGUUCCAAGCAAAAUUCCUCAAUGGGCCUUUUUGCCCUUUAAUUUCACAGCUUUGUUUUGAAAUUCAACUAUGAAGUGUGAAUUCUAAAGAACAAGAAAAUUAUCGAAUCUAAUCUAUUUGUAGAAAUUUUGCAUAUGAUAAAGUUGGUUUAUACCAGUAGAGAAAGGAUGGAUUUGGGAGUAGUAAAAUAAUUGACAAUGUAUAUCAUGGCAGUAAGGGAAAAAAAUAAAAUGAACUAUUUCAAAAUCAUCACAUUAAAAAAAGCAUCACAGUACCUAUUACUGGGAAGAUGUGGAGCAAUAGGAAUAUUCAUACAGUGCAGUUGAAAAUAGUUUUUUAAAAAGAAUAAUGUAUCAAUAUUUAGUAAAGUUGAAGAUGUGGAUACUCUUUGACCCAGCAAUUCCACACUUAAACCUCUACAGAGCCUCUCCUUAUGUGUUCAGGGAGAUGUACAUGAAGACCCACUUCAGUGUUGUUUGUGAAAAUGAAAAGUUUAGGGUAAGCAAAACAAUCAUUAGGGUUUAAAUAAGAAUUGAAAUUAAUGAACUAGAGAUACUUUUAUCAAUAUGGAUACAUCUCAGAAACUAUUGAAAUCGAACUAGAGGGUAUUUUGUGUGAUAUGGUUCCACUUAUUUAUAUAAAGUUUGAAAACAUGCAAAUCAACACUAUGUAUAUUUUUCAUGGCUAAAUACCAUAUGGAAAUAGUGUAAUAACAUUUAUGGAAAUAAUCAUCAAAUUGUGAUGACCUCUGGGGAGGGAGAAAAAUGAGAUUGAGGAAAGGAUGCAAAGGGAGGUAUCUUUUAAUCAUUAAUUUCUUUAAAAAAUAACUGGCCAGUUCUAAAUUGAUGGUUGUGGGUUUUUAUUCUCUGUAUCUUUCUAUAUGUUUAAACUAUUUCAUAAUUAAAAAAAUUUAAGUAAUGUUUGCUUUUGUCAGUUAUUCCUUCACUAUACCUCAGGCAUGCCAUAUUCACCAUUCAUCCAAUCCAUAGUCACCAUUUUCUUCAGAAAGAAGCUCGUAUACAAUUGCCUUCCAGAUGCAAUCACUGUUAACAAUUUGGUGACUAUCCUUCCAGGCAUCAGAGUUUUGAGAAUGACUAUAUUUUUACGCUGAGAGUUUUAUAUCCUACUUACUGCAUUUUCUUCCCCCAUCAUUCCUUUUUUCCCCCAGCUUUAUUGAGGUAGGAUUGACAAAUUAAAAUUAUAUAUAUUUAAGGUGUACAACAUGUUUUCGUAUAUUUAUACACUGAAAUGAUAACCACAAUCAAGCUAAUUAACACAUCCAUCACCUCACAUAGUUACCAUUUGUGUGUACUACAUCUUACCAUCAGUAUGAUUAACAAUCACUCGCUAUUUCCCCCCAACCACUCCAGGCCCUGGCAACUGCUAAUCUACUUUUUGCUUCUAUGAAUUUGACUAUCCUGGACAUAAAUGGAAUUAUACAAUAUGUUGUGUUUUAUGACUGACUUCUUUCCAUUAGCAUAAUGUUUUCAAAAUCCAUGUUGUAGCAUGUAUCAGUACUUCAUUCUCCUUUUAAAAAAAUAGGCUUUAUGUUUUAGAGAAGUUUUAGGUUCACAUCAAAAUUGAGUGAAAGGUACAGAGAUUUUUUUCAUAUGACCCCCCACCCCCACACACGCUUAGCUUCCCCCAUUAUCAACAUUCCCCACUAGAGUGGUACAUUUGUUAUAGGUGAUGAACCUACAUUGGCAUAUUAUCACCCAAAGUCCAGAGUUUACAUUAGAGUUUACUCUUGGUAUUUUUUAUUGUAUGUGUUUGGAUAACGUUAUGAUGACACAAAUCCACCAUUAUAAUAUACAGAGUAGUUUCACUGCCCCGAAAUUCCCUGUGUUCCAUUUAUUUAUCCCUGCCCACUAACCACUGGCAACAAUAAGUUUUUUGUUGUGUCCUUCGUUUUGCCUUUUCCAGAAUGUUGUAUAGUUGAUAUCAUACUGUAUGUAGCCUUUUCAGACUGACUGCUUUCACUUAGUAAUAUGAAUUUAAAUUUCUUUCAUGUCUUUGCAUAACUUGAUAACUAAUUUCUUCUUAGCACUGAAUAAUAUUCCACUGGCAGGAUGUACCACAGUUUGUUUAUUCAUUCACCCGCCAAAAGACAUCUUUGUUGCUUCCAAGUUUUGGCAAUUAUGAAUAAAGCUGCUCUAAACA